AUGGCUAGUGAUGAAGAUAAAGAUAUUUCACACAUCGUUUCAAAGAAAGACGUGAACAAGCAAAACCAUACAAACCUUAUUAUUGCUCGAAUAGACGGAACAUCACCAUUAAUUCAUCCUACAAAUACUCCAAAUACAAAUAAUUUCGAUGACCAUUGGCCAUCAGUUCUCAAUAAUUUUAAAAAGAAAAAAGAUCAGAUUCAACAUGAUUUAGAAUGGGAAGAAUUUUUUUUAAGAAUCAAUCAUUCUAAAAUGAUAUAUACGAAAACUGCAGAAUUGGAUGAAAAGCUAAAAAAGAAGAUGAUUAAUGAGCUGAUCAAACAACCAAUUCUUUUAAAAAACGAAAGUAACAAAUAUAAUGGAAAUGAGUUUGCACGAUGGAAGAAAUUUUAUCAAUUAAGUGUUUUAUUAUUUGAAAUUUCAACAUCAAAAAAGAUUCCAUUUGAAUUUGCAAUUCAAAAAUUAAACGGCUUGGGAUUAACAGUUAAUUAUAUGUAUCAA